AAAAUUUUCUGUGAUCCUUCUAUCAAAAGAAACAACGAAUUAACCAAAGAUAUUGGAAUUAGAAAUCAAGAAUCUCAAAAAUUUGGCCAACAAGGAACCCAUGAAACUUAUAAAAAACUAAGCUCGGGCCAUCAAAGUGCAAGAUG